UUGUACCGAUUCCAUAGAGGAAUAUACAUAUACUGUUGUUAGCUAUUUUGCCUUGAAGACUCAAGAUGUCGUCCCUAGACGAACUUUGGGAAAAACUGUGCGCCGCCGAGGACAGCAAGUCUCUGUUGAAGAAACAUUGUACUGAGGACGUGUACAACAAAUUGAAAGACAAGCAGACGAAAUUCGGCGGAACCCUAGCGGAAUGCAUCAGGUCUGGGGCAGAGAACCCCGAAAGUGGGGUUGGGGUAUACGCCUCUGACCCCGAGGCUUACACCGUUUUUGCGGACUUGUUAAACCCUGUUAUCAUGGACUACCACAAGGUCAAACAACUAAAGCACCCAGCUUGUAAUUUUGGCAAAGUAGACAAACUUGACUUUGGUGAUCUGGACCCAUCUGGUGAGCUCAUUGUUUCGACGCGCGUGCGGGUGGGACGCAGUCACGCUUCUUAUGGAUUUCCACCAACACUCACCAAAGAACAACGAAUAGAGAUGGAGAAGGUGACGAGGGAAGCCCUGGAGCAGUUGACUGGAGAGCUGAAGGGUACUUACCAUUCUCUGGACGGAAUGUCCCCAGAAACGCAAAAACAGCUUAUGGAAGACCAUUUUCUCUUCAACGACAGCGACCGUUUCCUGAAGGCCGCCGGUGGUUACAACGAUUGGCCUACCGGAAGAGGGAUCUUCUUCAACGACAACAAGACUUUCUUGGUCUGGGUAAAUGAAGAGGACCACAUUCGUAUCAUUUCUAUGCAACAGGGCGGAGACCUGGCCGCCGUCUACAAGAGGUUAGUCGAAGGUAUCAAAGAAUUGGAAAAGAAGUUGGACUUUGCUCGCCUGCCCACAUUAGGCUAUCUUACGUUUUGUCCCAGCAACCUUGGAACAGCGCUACGAGCCAGCGUCCAUGUUAAGAUCCCCAAAGUUGCGGCCAUGCCAGACUUCAAAGAAAUUUGUGAUAAAUAUCACAUUCAAGCCAGGGGAAUUCAUGGCGAGCACACGGAGAGUGUAGGUGGGGUUUACGACAUCUCCAACAAGCGCAGGUUAGGAUUAACAGAGAUUGAGGCUAUCCAAGAAAUGAGGCAAGGGGUGCAGGAAUUGAUACGACUGGAAAAGGGAGAGGAGAAAGCGCCUUCUCCGAAAUCCAAAGGCUGCGUUAUUCUAUAGAUGAACUCUUUUAAUAUUGUGAAUCAUCAUGUGGGAUCCAUUUUAACAGCUACUGCACAUACAGUCAAGAUGUGAGUGUGGCCCGUUUCACAGAGUAAUCUUAUGCUUACAUCCAAAACUUCUUUAGUUUAGAGUUUUAUCGACUUGAUGCAUAUAUUUAAAACUUCAAUUUAAGUUACAAUUUUAGCCUGAAAUGGCUUUGUUAAAGGGUCCCCUGGUACAAAGUGCAUUAUGGCCUGCAUACAUUUUCAUUGCCAAUAAUUAUACUUAUAACGGCCUAUAUCUUACAAAAAGUACGGUGAAAAAUGAUUUAAUUAGUUACUGUUAUAUGCCAGUUUAAAACUCUGCUUGCAUAAAGAUAUGAACACUUAAAGAGCGUACACUGUGAUAUAUAUUUUGUCAGAUAUGCUGCAAAUUUGUCAGACUAUCAACCCUGGGGUUUGAACAAUACCCCACGUGAACGAGAACCGUUAUAAUUGGUGAAAUUUCCAAGAACAUAUUCUUCUGCCAACUUUAUAUCCUCAAUAGUAGCAAUGUUUGUAGCCAUAUAAUGUUCGG